GGCGUUGCGUUGCUCUCGGGACUUCCGCAGGUACGGGCGGAGCGCCGUUAAAAAUCACAGGCACCCGACGAGUUGCCUCAUCACGGACGUGGAUUUGCACGGUUGGGAAAUGUUUUGCUUUUCCAGCUGUGGAGGGCGUCGAGGUGGCAGAGGGGCAUCGCUGCGGAGCUCCCGCAACUCUUUUCUCAUGCAGGCGGAAGCACGGACGGACCCUCCUGCUUUGUCGACGUGCGCCGAGUGUUUGGCUCAACGCAUUGGCGUCUGUACGGGCAAUUGCCGCGUUGCAGGGUGACGCCACUAAAGGAGGGGCGGCGCGUCUUGACGCGGCAAUUGGACGUGGUAUUGCACCCUCUUGA